CAAUACCGCUCGUAGGGCGAUAAUAUAUUAUUUAAUACAUCACAUCUGUAAAGUCGAUUAUUUUUGCAUGUGUUUUGACAUGACCAUGUCGAGUUAUUGUGAAAGCCACCACCGAUUGUUGAUGUUCGUGUCGUUCAUACUGCUGUUUGCCACAUGUCGUCGAGGUGCCUUUGCCAAUGACAAGUCCGAUUUACCUGCGGUGAAAAUGUCCAACAGCCUGGAAAUCGACAUGUCGAAAAACAUACCGUUAAAGCCCUUCUUGUACUACGCGGUAAUGAACGGCGGCAGUACGGGUUCUAGAAUGUCGGUGUUUACAUUCGGAGUCGAAGAGGUAACGAUGAACAAGAAACAAAUCGACAAAAAUACAACGAAGUUCAAACCCAAUCUACCGUAUUAUAAACUUAUAUUGUUAAAAGAAUGUGCCAAGAGAGUGUCACCGGAUUUGACAGCUUUCGUCAAAGAACCGGCAAAAGUCGAGACCACAAUACUUCCUUUGUUAAAAAAGGCCAAGGAUUGCAUACCUGAUAUAUACCAAGCUCACACUUUUGUUCAGUUAAAAGCUACCGGAGGCAUGAGGCUACUUACGGAACCAGAAGCGGCUUCUAUUUAUAAAGAAGUUGCCAGAACUAUUUCUAAAAGCAACUUCAGUAAGCACAGCGACCUGGCUUCGUCUUUGGUGGGCGUCGAAGAGGGGAUAUUUUCGUGGAUAACGGUUGUAUAUUUGCUCAGGGAGGAGGUGCAUAAGAGUAAUGUGGCCACUAUAGAUAUGGGCGGGGCUUCUAUACAAAUAACUUACAUCACGUCGGACAGAAGAAGUCCGAGAAGUUGGUUGCCAAUAUCAGUGGAAAAAGCUAGGAUACACACUCGCAUCAUGAACGGACAUGUGGUGAACCUGUACACUUAUAGUUAUCCGGAUCACGGCGCGACAACGACUCGCCGUAGAAUUACAACUAACUAUUGUCUGGCGCUCGGUGACAAGAGACUUUGCCAGAGCCCUUGUCUAAGCCCGAAGAUAAAAAAUAAAGAAGUUGAAUUUAACGGCAUUGUAUAUUACAUCGGAGGGGCAAGAACCAAAGACAAUAAGAUCAACGUCGAAGAAUGCCAAAAAGAAGUUUUGAGAGUCACGAAACUACAUAGAACGUUUAGAUAUAACGACGAGUUGCACUUAAAAAAUGUGUAUUUGUUCUCAGGAUUUUUCAAAAUAGCCGAGGCAUCCGGAUUAAUUGAAGGAGAAGGAGAAGUAAAAAAGGGAAAUAUAUACGCUACAGCAAUAGAGGAGGUUUGCGGCAGAGAAGACCACUCGGCCGAACUGUUCAAGUGUUUGGAUCUAAUUUACAUGGACUUAUUGCUAAAAGUGGGCUUUGGAAUUACCGAUGAAAUGGACGUAUACAUCUAUGACAUGAUAGGCGGAGUUCCUAUUACUUGGACGUUGGGAUACACGCUUUACAACAUUCAAUCCAUGACCAUGGACGCAAACGUAUUGUAUUGACGUCAAUUAUUAAAUAAUAAUACAAGCUAUAACUUAGCACUAACCUAUUAAAGUACCAGAAAAUAUUAAAUUAAUAUUCAAUAAUUAAUAAUUUACAAUGCAAAAAUAAUUAAUAAAUUUGAUGAAAGAAACAUAACAAAUGUAUUAAGAAUAUAGAUGCAAUUUAAUUUAAUUAAAGA